UGACGAAUGAGGGCGCUUGACGUGCCGUGGCCGCCACCAGCCCGCCCACCACUGAUCUAAAGCACACGAUCGGGAGGGGAGCUCUUGGAAUUGAACGGGAAAUUUUACUUUUUAUCCGGAUCAAGUGACGUUGAUACCAUUCCACCAGAAUGUUCCUCAGCAUUCUCUCUGCUGCUACUGCCGGCCUCGGUGGUCUGGUUGCCAUUUUAGUCCUGCGUGCCAUCACGGUGAAGUCAAAGCAACCAAAGCCGUCCAGUCUGGCUCCGGAUACUUCCCCUUUUGACGGCAAUGGGAAGAUAGUUAGCAAUCUGCAAGAGGCCAUCAGGUACGAGACCAUCUCUCGGAUGCCAGGUGAUAUCAACUACAGUGAGAUUUUGAAGUUUCAUGCUUUCUUGCAGAAAGCUUUUCCAAGGGUCCACAGUUCCCCAUUGGUCAAGAGAGAAGUCAUCGUAUCUUACAGCUUACUCUACACAGUUGAAGGAACUGACCCCUCUCUCAAGUCUUAUAUUCUGGCGGCCCACAUGGACGUAGUGCCUGUGGAGGGCCAGGAUUGGGACGUACCACCGUUUGAAGGGAGGAUACAGGACGGUUGCAUCUAUGGGAGGGGCACUAUUGAUGACAAACAUUCCUUAAUGGGAAUCAUGGAGGCCCUGGAGUCUCGGCUUGAAAGAGGAGAGAAGCCAGUCCGGCCCCUGUAUCUGUGCUUCGGGCAUGAUGAAGAGGUGGGCGGUGUGGACGGUGCAUUCAACAUUGGCAAGACCCUCCUAGGGCGUGGUGUAGAGGCAGAGUUCCUACUGGACGAGGGGUACACCAUCCUGCAAGACGUCAUCAAGCACGUCAGUCGUCCGGUCGGGCUGAUCGGGGUCUCGGAGAAAGGCAGACUGAAUGUGAAACUGAGCGUGGACAGUGCCAAUACAGGCCACUCCUCCAUGCCACCCGCUGAGACUAACAUUGGAAUCUUAGCCAACGCAGUUUCAAAACUUGAGAGCACACCAUUUCCCAGCAUGUUUGGCUCCGGCGUCGAGUACGACAAUUUUGUCUAUUUGACAUCUGAGGUGGAGUACCCAAUCAAGCUUGUCUUUGCAAACUUAUGGCUCUUCCAGAAGCUUGUAGAAAGCAUCAUGCGCAAGAAGGAGAGUACUAGAGCGCUACUGCACACAAGCACCGCCAUCACUGUAUUCAAGGGUGGUGUCAAGGCUAACGUGUUGCCCCCUUCUGCUUCUGCUAUCGUCAAUCACCGUAUUCACCCAAGCCAGACUAUACAGCAGGUUUUAGAACGUGACAGACGCCUCAUCAACGAUGACCGCAUCAAGAUGGAGAUCCUACAAGGCAGAGAGGCCACCAUAACUUCCCCGUAUGACGAGCAGUGUUUUGCCUAUCAGUCAAUUGGGCAGAGCAUUAAACAAGUCUUCCCAGAUGCUAUCGUUGCCCCAGGGAUUCUCCUGGCCAACACGGACACCAUCCACUACACCAGCGUGACGGACAAGCUGUACCGCUUCUGCCCGACCUUCAACCUCCCAGAAGAUAUCCCACGAUUCCACGGCGUGAACGAGAGGAUCCGCAUCUCCAACUACGAGCAAGUGGUCAAGUUCUACUAUAUCCUCAUGCACCAUGCAGACAGGCAACAACUAUAAGAGAUGACUUAAGACAAUUCUAUGCAUACUUCCUGGGAUUCAUUAUAUUCCUUUUUAAUUCGUUUGGAUAUAUACUAUUAGCUUACCUUUAAAUGCCAAACAACCUUCUUCCAAACAAAACCGUUAAAUUUUGCUCAUUUUAAGCAAAUUUACCAUUGGUCUAAGCACCAUCGAUUUUAGAAUUUUCAAUAAUCGAUAUAUUGGAAAUCCAAUAUUGAGUAUAUUUGAUAUAUCGAUUAUGAAUGAGUUAAGUCCGUUUUAAUUAUUCUCAGCAACGACCAACUCAAAAAAGAAAUAUCAUAUGGCCUUUAUGGUAUUAUCAAUGAAAUAAGGGUUUUUGGAGUGGCUAAUGCAUAUUUAAAUUUAUGCAAAUGGUAGGGAAGUUUGCAGAAUGAAAUGCUGUUUCAUCAUAUAUUUACCCACCACUUCAGUAUCCUUUCACCUGCGGAUUUAGUGGGGGAGGGCACGGAGGUGGGCCUUACCUACCCACUGGCAUGUUGUUGCUAGGCAUUUGUAUUUCCAUGGUGACAGUGCACAUAAAAGGACCGCCGAUGGGUGGGGGAAUACCCGGCGAGAAAUAUGUGGGAACAAAUUAGACAACUGAACUUCUUCAAACCACAAAAAAUAAACAAAUCAAUUCCCACACCUUUUUUCAGAGCACAUUGCUCGAUUAGUUAGUUUCAUAACUACAGCGCCGAGCAUUACCGGUGAGAGAAUGUACGAAAAGAUACGGCGAACAACGGAACUUCUCCAAGCCCCAAAACAGGACAGCUUCUUUUGAAUUUUUGCAUUGUAUACUGGAGACCACGUAUUCCAGCGAACGCAAAUCACAAAGCGUUGCCGCUUGACAUUUCGCGAUGUUUUAUGCUCACUCACAAACACAAUUUGCCGCCGACUUUGAUUCCAUUAUACAGCAAAUGUUAAACACAAAGUAAAACCACAAACGGUAGAUUUAUUUUGACGAUAAUCUAACGCAUUUUUAUACUGUCUAUCAUUCUUCAUUAUCAAAUUUUUCGAUAUUUUUGAUAAUAUUCCUCAAUAUCGAAUUGAUAUUUCAAUAUGAUUAAAAAAAAUGAUAUUGGCGAUAUCGAUAUCAAAACAAUAUCGAAUAAUCGAGUAAUAUCGAUAUAUCAAUGGUGCUUACAUCGGUCCAGACUUCAGCUGGGACUGUCCCAACUAAAGUGUUCUAGUUGGGCCGAACAACUAAAGUGUUCUAGUUGGGCCGCUGUAGCAUCAAUUUAGGACUCUUUAAAACACGGACUCAUUGGUAGUAUUGUGCAUGCCUAAGUGAAGAUAAUUAGGAGAGGAACUGGUCACGCGAGAUGAUAUAACCAAAAAAGGAGUCCGAUUUUUAUACGACGCCAGCUCAACUAUAGUUGUUCUGGACUCAGCAUAGUUUUUACGGCAGAAUUAAUCAAAUGCAAGUGAUGUGAAAUUCAUGUUCUUAAUACAGCAUAAUUCUUACGAAUGUCUAACUACAGAUUUAGCCUAUCAGUUUCGGUCCAAAAAUUAGGCCACCUGUAUCAAAUGAUCGAAAGGAGCAACGCUCAUAGCGAUUUUGGCAAGGUAUGCACAUCUAGAUUUGGAAAAUGUAUGAUAGCUGUUGAAUGGUGGCAGUUUUUUUGGGUGUUAUCACUAUUAAUUCUUUCUCCCUUCAAAAUGGCCGCUUAUAUGCUUGUUACCAGAUUAAUUAUAUGUGGUAACAAGCAUGUUUUGGUCGCCAUUUAAAAAAAAAAGUGAUAGCACCCAAAAAAGCUGCCCCGCUGCAUGCUAUCACAUAUUUUCCAACUACAGGGGUGCAUACCUUGCCAAAAAUCACAAUAAGCACUAUUCCCCUCGUUUGAUACCGACCAAACCCUCAGGCUGAUGGCCUGCUUAGGACCGAUGGUAUGUACAUGUAUAGUUGGGUUGUAACAUGCUUUUACCAUAUCUUGUGUUGCCAUCAAAAGGCCUACAGGAAUUUCAAAAUAGCUUCUAAGCCAAGGCUGUCGGACCCAAAGCCUUUGUAUGAUAUUGGGGACCUUUUACUUUUUAAUUGUCACUUAAAUAAAUAAGAGAUCACCAUAGCCUGUUGUGCUUAUUUGCAAUAAGUAACUUAUUUUUUGUAAAUUACUGCAAUUUUUUUUGAUGAAAGAGAUUUUUUUAAAUGGGUAAAGGAGCACCCAGGAACAUAGUUUAUGGGAUGAAUUUGAAAAAAAUGAGUUUUAUCUAAUAUCAAACAAGUUCGUACAAGUUUAAACGUUAAUCUGUUCUUGAAAAAAAAAGAUUUUGGUAUGUAUUAACAAUAUUUUGUUCACAUCUAGUGAGCAGAUCUAUCUGCUCAAAAUAGUACUUGCUUGAUUAAAAUAGCGAGUUGAAAUAAUAGCACAUUGUUAUAAUUCUCUACUUAAUUUUACACAGAUUUUGUACAACUCCAUGACACAAAAAAAUGAUAUGCAUUGAAUGCUUUGUCUCAGGUAUAAUAAACAUCAUGAAUGACCAAAGUUUAUACUGAAUAUGUGUACAUAAU